AUGAACUCCCCACCACCGGUGCCAAAGAAAACCAAAACCAAGUACCCGAAAAUCUUCCAAUGUACGGGGUACGGCGACUGCAAAAUGACCUUCACCCGGUCGGAGCAUCUGGCUCGACACAUUCGAAAACACACGGGCGAACGGCCGUUCCGAUGCCACUGCGGCAAGACGUUUUCGCGUCUCGAUAACCUGCGGCAGCACAUCCAGACGGUGCACGCCAACGACCACCACAUUCUGCAUGCCCCACUCCCUCCGCCUCCCAUGCCCCAGGGCGACCUCCAGGCCAUGGGCCAGGGCCAGAUAGGCCAAAUGGGGCAGGUACCCAUGCCGCCACAGAUGGGCCAACAACAGCAGCAACAGAUGCACCCCCAACACAUGGCGCCUGGCCCCGCAGGCCAUGUGCCCUCGCCCAUGAUGUCGCAUCACGGAGCACCCCAUCCUCAUGCAGCCUACCCCCAGAUGUACGACUACCAGUACCCUCCCGGCCAACCCCAGCAGCAGCCACCACCUCAACAGGCCCAGCAGCAGCUGCACCACUACUCGUCAGAGGAGUCGUUGCCGUCGUCGGUCAACUCGUCCCAGACGUCGCUGCAAACAGCAUAUUCGCCCCAGGUGGGCAACAUGCAGCGUAAGCGACGACCCACGCCCAUCUCCACGGAGCAGCAACAGCAGCAGCAGCAGCAGCAACAACAACAGCAGCAUCAGCCACAGCCACCGCAUCAACAGCAGCAGCAGCAGCAGCAGGGUCCCCCUUCGCCAACAUACCCAACUACCCCGACGCAGUACUCGACCCACUCCAACCAUAGCUCCAUUGCCGGAAUCUCCAUUUCGGACAUGCCGCCAGUCAUGGCUGGACAGCGGCCUCCAUCUCUAGGCGGCGACGGCGACGCAGCCUCUGUGUUCUCCUCGCCCUUCCAGAGUCGUGGCCACCACGUCCGGGCGUCGGUGUCGUCCACGAACUCACUCACGUCGGCCUACAACUACCCCGUGCAUUCGUCCAACCUGACGACCCCCGUGAGCACGCACUCCGCGUCCAACCAGCCCGGCAACACGAACUCGUGGCUAUCGUCGGUGCUGUGUUCGGGCCAGGACGGCACCGCCUCGAACCGUCACUCGUCCGCGUCGUCCACCUCUGCGUUCUCCAACUCCCCCCAGCCCGACGACAACCGACCACGAACCUGGGGCCCCUCGACCAACACAAGCUCGAUCGCCGGCAACGCAUCACCGCACCAGCAGUACCGCGGCUCAGGUAUUAUGACGGGCGAUCCCGGCUUUGAUUCUCACUCGGGCCGACAGUCGCUCUCGUCUCUGGUUAUCAACGAAAGCAUGGACGAGUCGGACGACGACAUGAGCGGCAGCGGGGGCUCCAGCGGCAGCGGCGUCGCACCUCUGCCCCCCAACAAGGACAAGCCACUGCCGCCAUUCUCAUCGCUGUUCAACGGCGCCAACGGGCCCAACUCAGCCAACCGCCCUCAGAUAUCCGUCAACAAAAGUUACACAAAGAACCUCAUCCUGCCGCGGCCCGACUCGUACCCGCCCAAACCUCCGUCCGCACAGGGUGGAGGGCCCACCGAGUUUGGCGACUUUUCGUCGUCGCAUGUUUUGCCUAUGGCGGACAUGCGGCCUGUUGUGGGCCAGCCGCCUCAAGGCCAGAAGGACAAGCCCCUGCCUCCUCUUCCUGUGGAGGCCGACGAUGUGGAGAUGAGCGAUGCUCCUCAGCGGGGCGGUAUGGAUUACCUGCUCGAGGCAGCCAGUUUGUCCUCGAGGGCGUAA